AUGAGUCUGAGUCGUACCAAGCGAAUCAGCUCCAGUAACUCAGUUCGGAGCAGCAGCGGCUCGAGGAGGCUGAGUGGUUUCGGUCCGGUUCAGGGAGGUUUCAGUGGCAUCUCCCUCAGCAGCAGUUCUUUGUAUGCGGGCACCAACGGGCAUCACCAUGGCCUGGGGGCUCCGCUGGCAUCCCUGUCCGUCAACAAGAGCCUGCUGGCUCCUCUCAACCUGGAGAUCGAUCCAAACCUGUCCAUGAGUCGAGCCCACGAGAAGGAGCAGAUCAAGAGCCUCAACAACCGCUUUGCAACCUUCAUUGAUAAGGUACGGUAUCUGGAGCAGCAGAAUAAGAUGCUUGAGACAAAAUUGGAGCUGCUGCAGGGUCAGGGGGUCAGCCGAUCUAAUGUGGAACCCCUGUUUGAGGCCUACAUGGCAGGUCUGAGGCGCCAGAUGGACCUGGUCAACAAUGACAAAACUAAGCUGGAUGGGGAGCUGAGAAACAUGCAGGGUCUGGUAGAGGACUACAAGCACAAAUAUGAAGAUGAAAUUAACAAGAGAAACAACCUGGAGAACGACUUUGUUAUCUUAAAAAAGGAUGUAGAUUCAGCCUAUUUGGUCAAGGCUGAUCUGGAGGAUAAGGUCGGAGCUUUGACUGAUGAAAUAAACUUCCUGCGUAACGUGUAUGAGGAGGAGCUGCGUGAGCUGCAAGCAAGCAUCAAAGAUACCUCAGUUGUGGUGCAGAUGGACAACAGCCGCAGUCUGAACAUGGAGCAGAUUGUAGCUGAGGUCAAAUCUCAGUAUGAGGAGAUUGCAGCCCGCAGUCGAGAGGAAGCAGAGGCCUGGUACAAGAAUAAGUUUGACCAAAUGUCAGUCCAGGCCAGCCAGUUUGGGGACGAGCUCCGCAUCGUGAAGGGAGAGAUCGCCGAGAUCAACCGACUGAUCAGCCGCCUGCAGAGCGAGAUAGAAGCGGUCAAAGCACAGCGUGCCAGUCUGGAGAACCAGCUGGCUGAGGCGGAGGAACGUGGAGAGCUUGCCGUGAAAGAAGCCAAAGCUCGGAUCAGAGACCUGGAGGAAGCUCUGCAGAGAUCCAAACAGGAUAUGGCUCGACAGCUCCGGGAGUAUCAGGACCUGAUGAACUUGAAACUGGCUCUGGACAUUGAGAUCGCCACCUACAGGAAGCUGCUGGAAGGAGAGGAGGACAGACUUGGACAACAGUCUAUCCUCAACAUCCAGCCCAUCUCCAACUACAGUUUCUCUUCAAGUACUAAAAGCACUAAUGGCUACCAAAGUGCCUCCAGCUCUCCUGCCCCGAAGCUGCUGAUAAAGACAAUUGAGACCAGAGAUAACAGCAGAUACAGCAUUCACUGA